UUAUUAGACGUUAUACUUCCUGCCUUUCUACUAGACAAUAGCAGCAUGGGAGGGUCAGAAGAAUCAGGUUAGAAGGUGGUGAGAGUUUCUUUGGGUCCCUCAGCUCCCACCUUAUUUCAGAAGCUGCUCCUCAAGGAGCCAGUGAUCCCACCUGCAUUUUCCCAGUUUCCCCCUUGUUCUGAAUCCCUGGCACCCUUUGGGCAAAGUGAGCCCGAACCGGAGCCUGGUCUGUUCUUGAUUCAGAGAUGUUGCUGCUUCUGUUUCUCCCGGUCAUAGAGGGAGUCCAGAACUCACCUCCAGAUUAUUACGUGCAAAUGCCAGCGGUAGUGACAGUGCAGGAGGGCUUGUGCAUCACCAUUCUUUGUACUUUCCAUCACCCUCCAACCAACUUUUCUCUAGCUCAUGGAUACUGGUUUAAGGCGGGGUCCCAAAUUGAUAAAGUCAAACCUGUGGCUACAAAUGAUCCAAGUCGAGAAGCGCAGGAGGAGUUUAGGGGACGAUUCCACCUGGUCGGGGACCCUCUGGAGAACAACUGCACACUGCGCAUCACAGACGCUCGGAAAGAAGACAGUAGGAAAUACUUCUUUCGGAUAGAAAGGGGAGAGGAAAAAUUCAGUUACCUCAAUUAUUACCUUGAACUGAAGGUGACAGACCUGAUAGAGAAGCCAGUCAUCUACAGUCCAGAGCCCCUGGAGGAGGGCCAGCUGGCGACCUUGGUCUGUUUAGCCCCCUGGAUAUGUAGGGAGGGGAAACUCCCCACCUUCUCCUGGACUGGGGCCGCCGUCCCUUCCCAGCAGCCCAACCAAACCUUCUCCUAUUUCUCUGGGCUCUCCUUCGUGCCGAAGCUCCAGGACCAUGGCAGCAACCUCACCUGUGGGAUGACCUUCCCUGGAGCCGGUGGGAGAGCUCUCACCGAGAGAACUGUCCAGCUCAAUGUAACCUCUAAAACAAAGCCAAACUUUUUCACAUUCACCACAGGGACACUUUUGGGAUCUGGAGUCACAGCCUUUCUGGCCUUCUGUCUCAUCCUGACAUGUGUGAAGUUUCUGAGAAAGAAGAAGCGGGCAGAGGAUCGAGAGGUCCAGGACAGGAAAGAAGUGGAUUGUAGUGAUCAGGUUCCUGGAGUCCCUUUGGAUCAACAGAGGGAUUCCAGCCCUGCUGCUCCCACACAGUCCUCCUCAGGGGAGCUGUACUAUGCAACCGUCAACUUUGGGAGACCCAAGUCCUAAGAAGACCUGGAGAGUCAGAAUCCAGAGAGUCUCGGGGGCAAAACCAAACCUUCCAAGAAAGUUUCCCUAGGAGGCAUCUGGGACUCGUGGGGAAGGAGAAGAAAUAAAGAGAAUGCCUUUUCAUUCAUGCUCUUUUGCUCUUGCUGGAGCCCUCAAGCCCUUUUCUUCUCUGCUCCCCUGGAAGUUCUAUCAAUUGAAAGAGUUUUCCUUCUGCACUUCUCAGGAGUGGAGAGAGAAGGCCUUAGAGAAUCAGGGAAGCAGAGAUUUUUUUCAGUAAUAUUCUUUUUUUCCCCCUAAGGUACUUUUCAAGGUGACAAAAGCCUGGCUAUUUUAACUAGGGUAUCAUAGAACACCCAGUGUCAGAUGUUGGGGGACCCCUAGGUAUUGGGUUUUGUCCUAGUUCUCAUGAAACUCACUAGUGUGCAUCACAACAUGAUUGACAUUUGGUAUCAAUCAAACUAGUGAUUUCUUAAUUUAUAAUAAUAAUAUACUAUAUAAUAUAUAAAUUGAAACAAGCUAAUGAUUAUUGGUAAUUAAUUGAUGAUUAAUAUAAUACUUAAUAAAACAAUAAUUAAAAUAAAUUUUAAAGAUUAAAACAAAAUAUCCUUUUGAAAGAACAUUUUCUAAGAUGUUAUCAUCAGAAUGGCUGCCAUCAAAUAUACUCCUCCUAAAUGGCUGACACACUCUGCCACAAGAAAAUUGGCUCACGCUCAGAGAGCACAUGGAGCAAAAUUCAUUCAAAGAUAAUUCACUCAAAGUCCUUGGGGGUCCUUUUUCUGGCGUUUUAAAAAUUUCUCCGCAGGUCUAGUGUAGCUUUUUUUUACAGGGUUCUUUGUAGAGCAUUGAAUUUGCAUCCUUUCAGCGGAAUUACACCAGAAGCCCUCUCUCCGAGGCAAGGCAGAAUAUUUUCCACUUGGCUGGCUGGUGGCAGAAGAAGAGUUUUCAGAGGAAAAAGCUACGAGUCGAGAGUUCAGUGGACAACCAGAUUCAUCUUCAUCUCACACCACUGUAGUUGGUGGCUGGGCUCCUGCACUUCUCCCACUGAGACCAAGCUGGUCUGAAAGACUCACCAGAAAGCUAGCCGAGCCCCAAGUGAAGGAGACCAGAGAUUCAUUGCAUCUCUGUGCUGGUUGGAGGCUGAAGAAAGCAGAGGCAGAGGCUUAAGGACAAAACCUUUGGAUCUGGUGACAUUUGGAGGGAGCUCUUGGAACCAAGCAGAGAGAUAGACCUCUAAGCUAACCGGGCUAUAUUGGAGAUAAUAAAAGAUCUGAAAUUUUA